CACUGGCAGCCUGUCAAUUCGAUGGCGGGGUAUUAAUACUGCAACGACCCCAACUUGUUUAAUCCAAACAACCGUUCGUUGCUUUGACUCUUUCUCAAAACAAUUUCUUGUAAACGACAAUAGCUUCUCGCAUCACAGAUUCAACAUGACCUGUUCCAGGGCUCUGAAUUGGGCGCCCGGGUUAUCUACUCCCGACUUUAAGGCUGUUGAAGCUGUCCUAUUCGAACUCGAGCAGCAUUUGACACUGCGCACUUAUCUGGAAGGGUACCAGCUGAGCUCCGCCGACAAGGACAUAUGGACGACGCUAAGGACGAAUAAAAUUGCACAUGGCAUUGUUCGCAAGGGCAGCUUGACUAACGUGGCCCGUUGGUCCUCCUUCAUCGAAGCCAGCCAUCCGGAAAUCCAAGGGCAAAUCAAGGCAGCCCAGGCCAAGGAAAAGGAAAGCCGUGCUGCCGCCAGCAAAGCUGGGGGUAACUACAACAUCGGCCUGAAAAACACAGAGAACGGUGUGGUGACGCGGUUCCCCCCAGAGCCCUCGGGGUAUCUACACAUCGGCCAUGCCAAAGCCGCCUUCCUCAACGACUAUUUUGCCCACGAGGCAUUCGACGGCAAGCUCAUUGUCCGCUUCGACGACACAAACCCAGCCAAGGAGAAGCUAGAGUUCGAGGAAUCCAUCAUCCACGACCUGCACCUCCUCGGAAUCAAACCAGACCGCGUCACGUACACGAGCGACUACUUCCAGCAGCUGUACGAGAUCUGUGAGCGCAUGAUAGCCGACGGGAAUGCCUACGCCGACGACACGGACCCAGCAGUCCAAAAGGAAGAACGACUCGCCCGCCUCCCCAGCAAACGACGAGACCGACCCGCAGAAGAGAGCUUGGCCAUCUUCCAGGAGAUGAGAGCCGGAACCGAGCUCGGAAAGAAGCACUGCAUCCGAGCGCGCAUCGAAUUCGACUCCCUCAACGGCGCGAUGCGAGACCCCGUCAUCUACCGCUUCCCGAAAUCCGACUCGGAGGCCCCCGAAAAUGAAGGCGACGCGCCCCCGAAGCAAGCCGCGGAACCAACCCCCCACCACCGCACCGGCCUCACCCACGCCAUCUACCCGACCUACGACUUCGCCUGCCCCGCGGUCGACAGCCUCGAGGGCGUCACCCACGCGCUGCGCACGACCGAGUACGCCGACCGCAACGCCCAGUACCACUGGUUCCUCACCACCCUCGGCCUCCGCCCCAUCCAGCUCUGGGACUUUGCCCGCAUCAACUUCGUCCGCACCUUCCUCUCCAAGCGCAAGCUCGCCAGAGUCGUUGAUGCCGGGAUUGUGACGGGGUGGGACGACCCGCGCAUGCCGACGGUGAGGGGGAUUCUGCGCCGCGGGCUGACGGUGGCGGCGCUGCGCGCGUUUAUGCUGAGGCAGGGCCCGAGCCGGAAUGCGGUUACGAUGGAUUGGACCGUGUUGUGGGCGAUGAAUAAGAAGGUUGUGGAUGGGGUUGCGCCGCGGUAUACGGCUGUGGAGACGGGACUGGGAGGGGCGGUGGUGGCGGUUGUGGUGGGGGGUCCUGGAAAGCCGUUUGUGGAGGAGCGGCCGAGGCAUCCGAAGAAUGCGGCGGUGGGGGUGAGGCUGGUUACGUUUGCGAGUACGGUGCUGGUUGAGCAGGCGGAUGCGGUGGGGUUUGUGGUGGGCGAGGAGAUCACGCUUAUGCAUUGGGGGAAUGCGAUUGUAAGGGAGAUUGUGAGGGAUGGUGGUGGUGGUGGUGGUGGUGGUGUUGUGACGGGGCUGCGGCUGGAGCUGCACUUGCAGGGGGACGUGAGGAAGACGGAGAAGAAGGUGACGUGGUUGGCCGCCGAGGGGAGUGAGUUGGUUGGCGCGGAGCUGUGGACGUUUGACCACCUCUUGACGAAGGAUAGCCUGGGGAAGGAUGAUAGGUUGGAGGACUUUUUGGCGGCUGAUACGGCGAAGAUGACGGAAGCGGUGUGUGAUGCUGGCCUGGCGACGGUAGAGGCGGAUAGUAUUAUCCAGCUGGAGCGGAAGGGCUAUUUUAGGGUGGACAAGGCUGCGGGUGAGGGGCCUCAGGGCAGGGCGGUGUUGUUCAAGAUCCCGACGGGGGCGAAGGAGGGUGGCGUUUCUUGAUAGGCUUGUAUCUUGGGUAGGAGUCAUUCCAGUCUGUGUCCGGGCUGUUCUUUUGGCGUUGUGGAUAAAAUACGUGGACUCGUCCUAAAGUUGCACAGCCAAAAGGCCAUAUCUUGAGUAUUACCGAACCCCUGAUUGCCGAUGAAGCUCGGUCAACG